CGUUUUCCGUUUUCAUUCUUCUAAAAUUAACCAUUACACUUCCAUUUCAAUUCUUUCUAUUUUGAGAAGAACAAAAAAGAUAGAGUAAAAAGAAUGGGUUCUGAAACAUUUGUGGAAGUUAUACUAGCAAUAUUGUUACCUCCUAUUGGUGUUUUCCUACGUUAUGGCUGUGGAGUGGAGUUCUGGAUAGAUGUGGUGCUUACAUUACUGGGAUACAUUCCUGGGAUUAUAUAUGCCAUUUAUGUAUUAGUUGGAUGACACUUUUAUAAUAUUCAUUUUGUUUUAUAGA